AUGGCGUCCGUUAUACAUUAUCCUAAAUCUCGGAGAGAUGAAAAUGCGGUAAAUGAUUAUCAUGGCUCGAAGAUUCACGAUCCUUACGUUUGGUUGGAAGACCCAGACUCGGAGGAAACGAAAAGAUUUAUAGAACAGCAAAACGCUAUUACGAUGCCCUAUUUAUCAGCUUGCGAGACGAGAGAAAAUUUCAAGAACAGGCUAACUGAGAUGUGGGACUAUCCAAAGUAUGGUUGUCCAAUUAAAAGAGGAGCAAAGUACUUUUACUUACAUAACUCUGGUCUGCAAAAUCAAAGUGUUUUGUAUGUCCAAGACUCUUUGGAAAGUGAAGCACAAGUAUUUCUUGACCCCAAUAAACUGUCUGAAGAUGGUACUGUGGCAUUGGCUAAAAGAUGUUUCUCUGAUGAUGGAGAGUUCUUUGCUUAUUCUUUGUCAUAUAAGGGAUCAGAUUGGGUCACCAUAAAGUUUAUGAAGGUAGAUGGUCAAGAACAGUUGCCAGACACUUUAGAGAAUGCAAAGUUUACAAGCAUGGCUUGGACACAUGAUAACAAGGGAUUAUUUUACAAUCGUUACCCAACUGGUGACAAAGCAGAUGGAACAGAAACUGAUCUAAACCUCAACCAAAAGCUCUAUUACCAUGUUCUUGGAACCAGCCAAUCUGACGAUGUUCUCUGUGCUGAAUUUCCUGAGCAUCCAAAGUGGUCUACAGGUGCAGGAGUUAGCGACUGUGGAAGAUAUUUGAUUUUAACCCCUCAUGAAGGCUCUGCCCCAUUCAAUAGACUCUUUUACUGCGAUCUCAAAUAUCAAGAGGGUAUUACAGGUUUGCUUCCUUUUGUGAAGGUUGUGGACAAUUUUGAUGCACAAUAUGAGUACAUUACCAACGAAGGAACACUGUUCACCUUCAAAACGAAUUUCAAAUCUCCUAGAUACAAGUUGAUUAACAUAGACUUUUCAAAACCAGAAAUGGAAAACUGGACCACUUUGGUUGAAGAAGACGAGAACGACGUCUUAAAAUGGGCUACCUGUGUCAAACAGAACUUUCUGGUACUCUGCUAUCUUCAUGAUGUCAAGAGCAUUCUUCGUCUUCACAAAAUCACUGGAGAAAGACUCAUGACCUUCCCACUCGAUAUCGGCAGCAUUGUAGAGCACUUUGGAAAGCGGAAGGAUUCAGAGAUUUUCUACAAGUUUACUUCGUUUCUGACUCCUGAGGUCAUCUAUCGUUGCGAUUUGACGCAGGAAGAUCCCCAACCCAAGGUUUUUCGUGAAACAAACGCGAAAGGGUUUGACUCAAGUCAGUACCAGACUGUCCAAGUGUUUUAUCCAAGCAAAGAUGGAACUAAGAUCCCAAUGUUCAUUGUUCAUAAGAAGGGUAUCGAGUUAGAUGGAAGCCAUCCGCUUUACUUAUUUGGUUAUGGAGGGUUUAACAUAUCAGUCACGCCGUCCUUCAAUGUGUCAAGGAUCGUGUUUAUGAGACAUCUCGGAGGCAUCAUCGCCAUACCAAACCUGAGAGGUGGAGGUGAAUAUGGUGAAACUUGGCACCAAGCGGGCUGCUUUGGCAACAAACAGAAUGUAUUUGACGACUUUCAAUACGCCGCCAUUUACCUCACCCAACAGAAAUACACAUCGCCAGAAAAAAUAACCAUCAUUGGUGGAUCCAAUGGCGGCUUGUUGGUGGGCGCGUGCAUAAAUCAGAGACCAGAGUUGUUUGGUUGCGCUGUUUCACACGUUCCAGUUAUGGACAUGCUGAAGUUUCAUAAAUUUACCAUCGGCCAUGCAUGGACAACAGACUUUGGUUCACCCGAUAAGGAGGAGGAUUUCAAAUGGCUUAUCAAAUAUUCUCCUCUUCAUAACAUCAAGAUUCCCGAAAGUGGUGCCCAGUACCCUGCACUUCUACUGCUAACUGCUGACCAUGAUGAUCGUGUAGUCCCCUUACAUUCUCUAAAGUACAUCGCCCAAUUGCAACAUUGUGUUGGUAGUUACGAGAAGCAGACAAAUCCUUUGCUGAUCAGAAUUGAUACAAAAGCUGGUCAUGGGUUUGGGAAACCCACAGCCAAGAUUAUUGAAGAAUGUUCCGAUGUAUAUGGUUUCAUUUCAAGAAGUGUCAACCUAAAAUGGCAAGACUGAUAAGUACAAGAAAACUGCAGAGCAUUAUGAAAACAUGCUUAAAUGAAGCAGUUGUAUCCUUAGUGUCACGCACAACCCUGCGUGACACUUGCGUGCGAUAAUUAUACCAUCGUUAAGGCCUCCUGUGCCGGCCAAGGAAAGCCUCUUAUUAUAUAUAUUAUUGCUAUUUAAACUUAUUGUAUUAUCAUUUUAUCACGAUUACAAUUAUAAUUUUUUCUGUUAUUUCUAGUCCUCGUGCUUGCAA